AGCUGUCCACGUUCCCCUAGCAACACAAGUCACAUGUAAAGAAGUUGGUGGAGAAUGAAAUGGGUAUUCAAGCUAUUCUAUUCCACACUAAAACGUACUGGUCAAGUCACCUAUCACUACAGAUUUCUGUUGAAAUAUGUGCAGGGAAACCAUCGUUCUCAUACAUGUGAUUGAUUAUGGAAAGCAUGCAGAGAGGAGUGGUGUGCUAUGGAUCUGACAACCUUACCACGGUUUUUUUUUUCAAUGAAGAAUACACUGCAGGGCUAUUGCAAGAUUCACAGCUUUCAUACAAAGCAUGACCGAACGUGACGAUGUGGACUGUAACUGCUUGGUAGGACUCUAAAGUCGAUUUUAAUAUAAAGCACUCAAACGUCUGUAUAGAUUAUUGUUGAAUAUUGGCUAGUUUUGCAGUUCAUACUUGAAGUUUCAGACAUGCUUUAAGGAACUGAUGUUUAUCCAUUCAUUUCAUAGAACGUUUUCAGACCAGAGCAACUUAAUUUUUAUAUGUAUAGCUGUAACUCUAAGUGAAACCAAGCCUAGAAAAUUACCAACACAAUUUUCGUUUGUUGUUUGUUGCUCGUCAUUUCCUCAAUAAACCCACUGAACGUUUUGUAUGUAGGCGUGCAGUAUAAAUUAGAAGGUUUAUGAAGAAUAUUCUUAAACAUUGCUUGGAUUUUUCUAUCGAAAAUAGUUUGAUCUUAUUUUUUAUCAAACAUAUCAAUGAAAUCUAAGAAGAUGAGAAAAUCUAACUAGGUGGGACAGUUUUAUAUCAACGUGUCUAGCGGCAACUAAACCACGGUAUUACGAUGAGGAAGAACCAACUGUUCUGUAGUCUGUUUGCUCUCGUCGGAUUAGCUAUCUUGUGUAUUAUACUAUUCACAGACAUUAUUGCGAUUUUCAAAAACAACAUUCCUGAAUACCACCUACCAAAAUGCACAAAGAAAACUGAUAUCGUGUUUCUCAAAACCCACAAGGCCGCCAGUUCAAGUAUACAAAACAUCAUCAUGCGGUUUGGAGAUCGUCACGACUUACUGUUUGUUCUGCCCAAAACAGGAAAUUACUUGGGCCACCCUCACCCUUUUCAUCAUAAUAUGGCCCUCAAACUUAAGCCCUCCGCUGUUAACACUCGUUAUAAUAUCAUCGCACACCACACUAGGUUUAACUACUCCGAAUUAAAACGUGUGGUGCCAGAAGACGCCAUUUUUAUUACAAUCCUGAGAGAUCCAGCGGAAUUAUUUGAGUCGCUUUAUUCUUAUUACACGUUAGAAUAUUUCUACGGAACACCUGUAUCCAACUUUGGUGUUAAUAAAACAAAGCGGGACAUAAACAAGCGGUUUACCGGCAGAAUAGGAAUAAACCAGAUGUCAUUUGACUUAGGUAUGGACGAGAAAGAUUUCGAAAACGUAACGGUUUUAAUGGAAUUCGCCAAAGAGAUAAACAGUAGGUUUAAUCUAGUGAUGAUCGCUGAACAGAUGGAUGAAUCAUUGGUUCUUCUAAAGAAUCUUUUAUGUUGGGAAACUGAUGACGUGACUGUUUUUAAACUGAACACCCGAGACAAGAAAUUUGUUAAGCCAAUCGAUUCAAGACUUCGUCUGCAGCUUGAAAAGGUUAAUUAUGCUGAUUACGUCCUAUAUAGUUUCUUCAAGGAUAAACUUGCCGAAAAAAUUCAGAAUUUCGGAGAACAAAAACUUGCUGCUGAAGUGAGAGAACUCCGAAAAAGAAGAGAACUGUGGUUUAACUUUUGCGUUCAAGGUGAAAACUUAGUUAUUAAUAUCAAAAAUGGUAAAAAACCCGUUUAUAGAAACUCAAAAGUAACGAAACUGAAAGCGAGAGAAGAUAAUGACACGUGCGUGAAAAUGGCUGAAGAAGAACUGAUUUAUACAGACAUGCUUCGAGUAAAGCAGAAGCCGUUAAUGAGUGAUUAGGAAAUGUCGAUAACAGACGAGUAACUUAUUACUUGAUGAUAAUGUAGUUUCAGUAUUUGCAU